UCAGGCGUAACAAAGGGCAGCACUCCUGACAGCGGUACUGGAACGCUUUUUUGCGCAACUAAAGUGAACAUACCUGGGAGUGAUCAUGAUCUACACGUAUUUUGUGUAUUUAUUUAUUUUUGUGCUUUUUGUUUCCGUGCCAAAAUAAUAAUUUAAAAAAAGCAAGCUAACUACGGAAAGCGGUUGGGUUAAAUUUUGCAAACGAAACAAUGCAAAACCAAACUAUCGAAUUGGAGAACAACAUAUCGCAGCAGAAGGAACGCUGGUUGACCCAACUGAGGGAGAUGAGGGACGAAAAUGACUGUUUGUUAAAACUGCUCACGGGAAAGGACUUGGAAAUCAAACAGAUGACGAAGAAACUGGACAGCGAGCGCGUGCUAGCCUUGGCGGGCGCAUCGGGCAUAGCGGGCGACGCGGCCGCCGUCAAGAUCGUGGAGUUGUCCAAGAAGAACCGGGAGUUGACGUCUGAAGCGGAGCGAGAGAAGUCGAAAUCCAAACAAAACAGCAACAGAAUCAAGGAGCUUGAGAAACAGCUGCAGGCCGCUCUGCUCUCACUAUCUGGACAAAAGGCUGACGUCAACACGCAGAAGCAAAACUCGCCGAAAGACUGUGGGGACAACCCGGCGGUGAAGUCCUUGAAGGACAAAUUAUCCACCGCCCAGCUCAAAGUCAUCGAGCAUCGCAACCAGGUUCAUUUUCUGAAGCAAGAGUUGAAACUGGCCCAGAAGGUUCUGAUGAGUGAAGUCGGGGAAGACGCCAACGUUCAGCAGUUACUGAACUGCGCGGGCAGCUUUAGAGGACGUGCGCAGCAGAUACUGGCGCUUCAGUCCAGGGUGCGUGACCUCGAGCGGCAGCUGAAGAAGGCCACGACUCAAGCGUCGAGCGUGCGCAGCGGGGAAGAAGAACCGUCCAAAAUCCCAACUCAGGGCAGAAACAUCAGCUUCAUACGGACAAUGGAGAAGGAGAAGAAGGAAGCAUUUGAGAGGAUCUCGGCCAAGUAUGAAGCCCUCCAGAAGGAACACGAAGAUAUCAAGAAGAAGCUGGAAGCCUCCAAGGCCAGAAUCAAGUGUCUGUCCGAGGAAAAAGCUGCUCAGAUAUCCGCCGCGCUAAUUAAAAGUAAACAUGACGACGAGCUGGUGCAAGCGCUGCUGAAGGAGAAGGCCCAGAUGCAGGAUAUGCUGAGUCAGCUCGCCAAACAAGUGGAGGCGCAAAACACGCCGGCGGGGCAGAAUCCCGUGGCGCCGUUGAGCGGCGAGCUCAGCAUGCAGAACACUCUCAUCCAGAACUUGUACCAAGUGGUCGCUGACAAAGAGGACGCCAUCAAGGAGUUGGAGCAAAAAAUACAGCAGCUCUCAGUCAAGGAUGUGGAAAGUCAGGCCAGCAUCGGCAUUUCUGCACUUUGUCCUGAAGAGGGCGCCAUUGACAAGAAAAUGUCUCCACGUUCCACCUUUUCUGUCAACGGGCCGUGGUAUUUGUAGACGUUUUUCAUCAACGGAACAAUCCCUGUGAGCGACGACUGUGACCAAGAGUGCACCACGUGAACUGAAAUGAAGUAUCCCCCGUCCUGUUAUAAUGACGUGUUCACGGAACCCGAAGAGGUGUCGGCGGGAAGAACACGAGCAGGAGCGCGACAGCGGCGCUCGAGCCGCAGCAAUUGGACUGCCUUCAAGUACGAGUACAGCGGGUGAGUCGCGCUCGUUCCGCUCUUCGUAUUACAGACGCAGACGUCGCCCCAGAGCCGGCGGCCGGCCGUCGAGCCGCGGAGGGCGUCGCCGAAGAGCUCUCGGCGCGGCGACCCCGCUGACGAGAUGCGACAAGUCGAGCGUGGCUGGCCCCCGGCUCACGUCCUUACCUACCGGCUCCUCUGCCACCUCCUUUUACGGAGGUUCGCCAACUCAACGUUGCCCCCACUUGACCUUGACCUUCUUAAGGCGCUUUGUAGCCCUCCGAAGGUUGAUUGUGAUUGUCCCUUCCUUGGCUGGUUUCUGUGCAAACACUUCAACAGCAAAGUGGACUCAUCAGUCCCCACUGAAACUAAUUUUAACAAUCAAAACGGGUCAAAGAGUGUGGUUUUGUUUCCAUGACAACAGUGUUUCCAGAACCAAUAAGGCAACAAGAAGCAUUAAGACCCCUUACACAAAUUAUCUACCAAAACAUUCCAAUAGUUUUACACUUGAAAGCCAACAUUUUGUGUCUCAAAGUUGACAAUCUUAGAAAGUGAUAGUGCUACCGAUUCUGUCUAAAUGCUAAAAAAAAUCAAAACGUGUAAAAGUACAAGAUUUGUGUAUAAAACAAAAACAGUUAUGUAUGAGGUGUGUCAGGAAAGAUAGAUUUCCAAUCCGAGCUACAAUCUGCCUGUAGUAAAACAAUUUCCCAGCAUUCUCUGCCACACCACGAAGAUUCCUCCGGAAUCCUCCCCAGCUUAGUUGCCACAGCUUUGCCUUGAUUUCGCCCGCAUCUUCCGAACAAAUAAUCGUAUGAUGAAGCAUCCCUUUGAUGCCACCCUCGAGCUUGAAGAAGGAAAAGAAAACACACACAACUGAGCAAAAUAUGUAGCAUCACUUUUGUUUGGGUGUAAACAGGAAAAUGACAAAACUGCUAGCAGUUAGCUAGUGCAGUGCCGAUGCCGAAAGGUUCACCAGUCAAUAGCACAGCACACAAAAACGAGCAUUCACAAUCACAUUCGCCCCGAUGGACAUUUUAGUCUUGAAAGAACCUAACGAGAAUUUUUUCACACGCGGGAGGAAUCCGGAGUCCACGGAGAAAACCCCACGCAAGCACGAGGACUGAAUGGCAACUUUCACAGGAGGCGGGAUUCAAACCCAGAACCUUUUGACUUGGAGGCAGACGUAAUAACCUUCCCAUAACAGCCCCAUAAAAUAAAAUAAA